GUUGAGGACGUGGGCAUCCAGCACAACCUGACCGUUUGCAACGCCUACGCAGAGAAUAAACCCCUCAGCGUCUACACCGUCAACCAGAAGGCGAAGCUCACAGAAGAGCCCCUGCAGUACAAGGCCUGCAAGGAGAUCGUCCUCGAGCUGGCGGACAGCGAGCGCAUUGAUUUCAAACUCGGGGGUCUCAGCGUCGGCACGUUCCACGUCGGUAACCUCCCGUUCGCCCCCACGUCGCUGCUGCUGGUCCCGUACCGCAAGGGAAACAGUACCAUGGCGGCGACCUUCUACUCGCACGCGUUCUCGGUCGCGCAGGAGCAAGCGCAGCUCGCCGUCGUCGACGCGUACGACGGCACCGCGCCGGGCGCCCUGAAGAUCGCGCAGGGCAAGGGGCACGGGAAGGAGUCCGCGCAGCUGAAGCCUGGCACGGCCGUGAGCCUUGCCCCGGGCGCCUACCAGGUGAGCCUUGACGACUCGAGCAGCAAGAGCUCGAAGACGGUCGCGCUGUCGGCGACCGACGGCGGCAAGCACGUCGUCAUGCGAGUGGGCGGCAGCGACGGCAUCCCCCAGGAGCUGGUGGUCUUCUCCGCCGGGGCCUCCGACGAGCGCAGCGGCGCCCCCCGGGCGAGCGCCGCCCUCCUCGCGGCGGCCGCGGCGGCGUGCGCCGCCCUGCUCGCGUGA